AUGCCGCUGAGACGCAGCUUUUCUGCACCCAGCAGCAGCAGCAGCAGCAGCAGCAGCAGCAGCAGCAGCAGCAGCAGCAGCGGGGGUGAGACCUCUGAAGCGCCUUCAGUGGCCAGCAGCGAGGACGGCGGGGACCACCCCAGCUCUAGCGACAGCAGCAGCAGCAGCAGCAGCAGCAGCAGCAGCAGCAGCAGCAGCAGCAGCAAAGGGGUGCUGGUGCCGCGGCGGCCCGGCAGGCGGCCGCUGCCGCCGCACGAGACCCGUCGGUACAUACACCAGAGAAGUGCGCAGCACAUAAAGAAGCACUACAUAAGAGUGCCUGCAGACUCUGCUGCUGCUGCUGCUGCUGCUGCUGCAGCAGCAGCAGCAGCAGCAGCGCGGCGCCCGGGGGCCACCGUGGCGGAGCAGGCUGCAGCAGCAGCAGCAGCAACUCCUGCUGCUGCCUUCGCCUGGCCCCCCGGCUGCUACCUGCGGCUGCGGCUCAGCAGCAGCAGAAAAGAUGAUUUGGCAGAGGCCCUCCGGAGAAUAGAAAGGGGCCUCCAGCGCAUCAACGCUCUUGCUGCUGCGCAGCAGCACCCAGACCAGCAGCAGCAGCAGCAGCAGCAGCAGCAGCAGCAGCAGCAGCAGCAGCAGCAGGUGCCGGCGUUCGUGGUGUCCGUGGCUUCCUUGCCGACGCAGCGGAAGCUGCUGUGUCUGCUGCGGUCUCCUUUUAAACACAAAGACAGCCGCGAGCAGUAUGAGCUGCUGCAGCGCAAAGUGCUGCUGGACGUGCACUGCAGCAGCGAGCUGCUGCAGCACUUGGCCCGCGAGCAGCAGCAGCUCGCGCAGGCUCUCAGCAGCAGCAGCAGCAGCAGCAGCAGCAGCAGCAGCAGCAGCAGCAGCAGCGGCAGCAGCGGGGAGUCGGGCUCUCCUAUGAAGUCCGUGCGGCGGCUGCGGUCUUACAUCAGGCUCUUCCGCCGCUACUUCCCGCAGCAGCAGCAGCAGCAGCAGCAGCAGCAGCAGCGGCAGCAGCAGCAGCAAGUGCAGCAGCGAGUGGUGCAGCAAGUGCUGCAGCAAGUGCAGCAGCAGCAGGAGAGCGCUGUUCCGCGGGAGAAGGCGUUGGAGGCGGCGGUGCAGCGGGAGCUGCUGCUGCUGCAGCUGCAGCCAGCAGCAGCAGCAGCAGCAGCAGCAAAAGCUGCGCUGCAGCUGCUGCUGCCGCAGCUGCUGACUGUGGGGCUGCCGGACCGCGUAGCAGCAAGGGCCCGCUUUGAGGUGUACGUACACCCCGAGAAGCUCCGCAGCAUUUGGCCCCGCAUGCAAAUGCAGCGCCAGUGGACUUCCAAGUACCUCAAGUACAAACAGGAAAGAAUCGAAAAAGAAGAACUUGUCAAAAAACUGCUGAGUCCUUCUUUGGAAGGCCACCGGCUUUUGCGGUGGCCCUCAGAGCCGCGGGUUUUGCUGCUGCUGCAGCUGGGGGAGCUGCGCAAAAUGCUGCGCAAGGCAAACAUGUAUCGGCAGCAGCACCUGGCGCGGCUGCGAAGAGGAGAGCCUCCCUUUGUUCCUAAACUGAAGUACGGGCGCUUGGGGUGGCGCUCUGUGGAGCUGCGGCCGUCGGAAGCAGCACUGGGAGCAGCAGCAGCAGCAGCAGGAGCCUUCAGAAGCACGGGGCAGCCGCUGCUGCUGCAGCUGCAGCGGCCGCCUUCUCCCCUUCGCUUCUGCACUCCUUUGCGAAGUCCUGACUGGGAGUUCACUUUUGCUGCUGCUGCUGCAGCAGCAGACACGCAGCAGCUCAGCCACGUGGCUGCCAGGGCCCACAAAAAGCACAAAGACCAAACCCAGCAGCAGCAGCAGCAGCAGCAGCAGCAGCAGCAGCAGCAGCAGCAGCAGCAGCAGCAGCAGGGGGAGAGCUGCGAAGAUGAUCUCCAGGGAGAGCCCCCAUUAACUUACUUGAGAAAGAUUAGAUGGAUGGCGCGAAGCGCCUGCAUGCCAGCCCACGGGCUGCGGUCUCUGAACUUCCGGCAGCAAGACUGGCAGCUGCUUGCUGCUGCUGCUGCUCGAGAGGGAGACGGAGAAGCAGCAGCAGCACAAAACUACUGCUUGGGCCUUUUGUAUGAAAAGAAGCAGCAGCUAGCAGCAGCACUGCAGCAGCACCAGCGCUUCCUAGAAGCAGCACAGGCCCUGCAGGACAAACGCAUGCAGGCCCUCGCCCACAACGCCAAGGGAGUUGUGCUUGCUGCACUAGACAGGCUCGAGGAAGCCCUGCAGGAGCAUUUGCUGCAGCUGGAGCUGUCUGAUGAGGCAGGCCAACUUAUCGCCCACAUGAAUCUGGGCAUUUUGCUGCACCGAAUGGGCCGCGACGAGGAAGCGCGAGUGCACUUGUCAGCAGCAGCAGAUCUCGGGGUGGCUUUGAACGACCCUUUGGGCCAUUCCCUUGCGCUGGGCAAUUUGUCGCUCUGCGGAGAGCCCUCAGGGGACGUGGAGAAGUCGAAGCUGCUGCUGGAGCAGCACUUGCUGCGGGUUA